AUGGGAGGUAUGGUAGAAGAGGGGCUCAAGUCGAAUAAAAUCACGAGCUAUUCGGCUAUUAAGGCAACCACCCAGGCUAUUCAGGGUGGCACUGAAGGAAUGAUCGGAAAGAAAAAGAGAGAGGAUGUGGCGACGAUUGAUUCAGGAACCUGGUUCAGACCCAGAGGCUCAUCUCACCACUAUAAUCAGCCUCGACCCCACCACAAAACUUACCCUCACACCCAGUAUAAUCCACCCCAACACUACUACCCACCACUGGACGCUCAUUUUUCUGUCCACCAUGCACAAACAUACAACCAACCCCCAGCCCAUGGACAAUGGCAUGCGCCCAUUCCGCAAAACAUUUACCCACCCCCACGAGCCUACCGAAACCCUCCUGGACCAGGUUUCUGGCCCAACCAAGCAUUUAAGAGUGAGAGGUUGCAGAAAAAGAAAACCUUUACUCCACUUGGAGAGUCAUAUACCAGUUUAUUCCACAGGCUAAGACAGUUGGAUAUGCUAAGGCCGAUCGAGUCGAAACUGCCAAAUCCUCCCCCGAAAAAUUUGGAUUAUUCUGUAAGCUGCGAAUACUGUUCUGGUACUCCGGGUCAUGACACGGAGAAGUGCUGGCACCUAAAAUGUGCUAUCCAGGAGCUUAUUGAUACCAAUCGUAUUGAAGUUCAAGCUCCCGAGACGCCCAAUAUCAAUCGGAAUCCGAUGCCAGCCCACCAGAAGACAAAUAUGAUUGAAAUAGUGCAUAAGGGAGGGGAGCCUAAGAAGCCGUCACAAACACUCAUGAUGAUUUGGUCCAGUGAGUUCAAGACAAUUGAACACUCAACAAGUGAGAGAUCAGUGCUCAAAUCGAGUGAGAGGAGUAGUGAACCGUCUGUGGCAGUAAAGAAGGGGUCUUCAAGUGAUGUUGCAGAAAAACAAGAAAGGGUGAAAGUGGUUGUACUAGGAGUGGCAAGCAAACCUGUCGUAAUCGUAGAGGGUGCACACAAAGAUCAUGUCAUUAUCAAGCCGGUAUCCCAGUUACCGAUAGUCGACAGCAGGGCUAUUCCAUGGAAUUAUAAACGGGUGACAGUGACUUACAAAGGAAAAGAAGUAAAAGAAGAAGUCUGUGAAACACAUGGUUUGACUCGAUCAGGAAGAUGUUUUGCCCCCGAGGAGUUAAGAGAAGUUAAAGCCUCCAAAGAUAACCCAGUGUUAGUGAAGAAUGCUAUAACUGAAAAAGAGACAGAAGAAUUCUUGAGAAAGAUGAAGGUGCAGGACUAUUCUAUCGUGGAACAAUUAAGAAAGACGCCUGCUCAAAUUUUGCUAUUGUCAUUAUUGAUCAACUCAAACGAGCACUGUCGAGCUUUAAUGAAAAUCUUAAAUAAGGCUCACGUUCCCGAUAAAAUCUCUGUGAACCAUCUGGAAAAGAUAGCCAACAAGAUCUUUGAAGUGAACAAAGUCACUUUUUCCGAUGAUGAAUUGCCCGUAGAGGGUACUGAGCAUAACAGAGCCCUUUACCUUACGGUGAAAUGUGAGAACUCCAUGGUUACCCGGGUAUUGGUCGAUAAUGGUUCCAGCGCGAACAUUUGCCCUCUCUCCACUCUGAGCAAGUUGAAAGUGGAAUAA